GCGUUAGUGUGCCUUGUCUAAGCGCCAUUUCUGUUUAUUUCUGUAUGCAGUUUGAAAUCCAUGUGCUGCUUCGCGUGCAUGUCAACAGUGUUUUGCUGACAGUCGUUGGUUUGGUUAGGUGGUACUGGCUCUCCGUGACUUGUUGAUGUCCGUUCUUUUAAAAAGUUAUAACUUCAUAGUGCUCUGAUAUGCACUCGCUUUUGCGCAAAACGCACAUCACUGCUGCAUCAUUCUGUGGUUCUUAUGUAUUACUGGGUGAAGGGAAUGAGUUAUCUGCUUACUCCAUCGAAUCCCUGGAUCAAGUCGGACGUUACACAACAUUUCCAACCUGCCGUGUUCAUGGCAUAAGGCCAGCUGAACUGAACCACUCCAAAGUACAAUGUGCCAUCUUUGGUAGCAAGUAUAUUACCAUCGUUCAAAUAGAAGUCUCCUGUAGUGGGCAACUCGAAUUUCAUUCUCAAUUUCCGUCUCCCGUCCACUUGGGCGACUGGAUCUGGGACGUCCGAUGGAUGUGCGGCGGUGAGCUCUCAGUGUGCCUCGGACACAACCGCGUGCUACUGUGGCAUCCUGCGAGGACAGAAAUACUGUACGACGAGCAGGGUAGUGAUCGUUGCAUCCUUUACUGUGCAUCUCUGAUUGGAUCCACGUGGGACACAUUGGUGGCCGCUGUGGGCACGGUGUUCCAAGAAGUCGUAUUGUGGGCACCGUCGCAAGCCUCUGUACUGCAUAGACUUACUGGGCAUCAGGGUGUAAUCUUUUCCGUUGCCUACAAUGUGAACCUGCGCUUGCUAUGCUCUACAUCGGACGACCGCUCCAUGCGAGUGUACAAGUUCCUCGGACCAGAAACUACUGCGGGGUCGGACUUAAGUUUGGCUGAAUGGAGGCGGGGGAGCUUUAAUUGCAUUCACACCUUAUUCGGACACUCCUCUCGUGUUUGGAGGGCGGCCUGCCUUGACAGUUGUCAUGUGAGCGUGGGAGAAGAUUCCUACUUCUGUGUCUGGAGUAAAACUGGAAGCCUUCUCUAUCGAAUGGCAUCACCGGGGGAAGGCAGCAUUUGGUGCUUGGCCGUGAAUGAAGAACAAUCUUUGGCGCUUACAGGAAGCAGUGGAUCAGCACUAUGUUUGUGGCACCUACCAGAUAUUACAAGCCAUGCCGCACAGACUACAUUACUGAGGGACUAUCAGGAAACGCAGGACUUCCCGAAAAACUUGACCCUGCUGCGUACAGACGGCAGAGUGCUUCUGCUAAUUGCUACUAGCGAAGGAGGCCUGUACAGUAAGAAGCUAGACGAAAGCGAAUAUGUGGAAGUCAUUCAUCGUGGCCAAAGCUUAUCGUACAGCGUACUCUCGGUGUCACCCUGUGAGAAGUAUGUGGCAGUAGGGACCAUGGAUGGAAACAUCCUCAUCCUAAGUGUUGAGGGCAAGUCAUAUUUUAUUUUGAUCUCUGACAGCCCUGGACACAUUGCAGGUCGUUUGCUAAAGAGCUGCGGUACUGAACUGCCUGCGAAUAUGAAGAAACAACAUAGGUCACACAUUCGAGAUUUCUGGCGCUGUGAGGGCGCCACUUGUCACAAAAUGUGUGUCGCUAAAAAUUCCGCCACAGGGAGUACGGUGCUAAACGUGUGUGCAGAAACAGUCAUCCACACUGGCAAGGUCCACAGUAUCGAGUGGAUCGCUCGAGAUCCCCACACAAUCCUCUCCUGUGGACCCAAUGGGGCAAUGGUUAUGUCAAGGUUACGCAGGACAAACUCCACGUACGAGCUGGUUAUCUGUACGAAUUGUGUUCUUCCCAUGAGCAAGCAGCGAUGGGUGACGUCGGCCGUGUACCUGCCGUCAACCGAGCUAUUAGUUGCAGGGGACCGUGGCGGCAGCAUCAACGUGUUCCACUGCCACCAGGAGUCUGGCACGUGGCAUCAACCACAGGAGAAAGACCGUUUUCCCGGGGUUCAUGGACGUGAUGGUGUAACGCACGUCCUCGCCACUUCAGCCGGUGUCCUUUCCUCGGGGAGGGAUGGGCGGGUACUCCUGUUCGCAGCCUCUUCGGAGGAUGGCUUGCAACUGCUCUGUACAUUUUGGUGGUCUGUGGAGUUGGAGUGGAUUGGAAGGCUGUACCUUUACAAGGACGACUUGCUGAUUGCCGGAUACCACACAACAGAUUUCGUGCUGUGGAGCACAAAGCAGGACAGAGCGGUCAUGAAAGUGAGCUGUGGAGGAGGCCAUCGCCCCUGGCACUUCAUUUUGGGGAGCUGUGGCGAAGCAGUGUUUACAUGCCUCAAGAAACGGGAUAUACUCGUUCACCGUUGCGAUUUGUCCAAUGCACUUGACAAGUCAUGCUUGAAGGCUGCAGUCCAUAAAAAGAAGAUAUGUGCUGCAUGCAUUCUCUACGUGGAGGAAGAGAAAGGGGGAGGAACAAACAGCUUUAUUGCCAUGGCCGGAGAAGGCAACGUCGUUACGAUAUCUCUACUUCAUUUAGAUGGAAAACAGUGCAACGUCCAAACACUAUGCCAGCUCUAUGGCCACAUAUCUUCCGUGAGGGCUAUGGCGUGGACCAAGGUAUCUGGCUGGCCCUCUAGCUCUGUGUUGUUGGCAUCUGCAGGAGGCAAGGCUCAGCUGAUCCUGUGGUCUGUAUCGGCUUCGAAGCAGUGUGAGGCAGAAACAAGAGAGCUGGCAAAUCACCUGUUGUGGUCAGCGGACAAACAACGAAAAAAGCAUCAGGGCAGUGCAGAAGAUCCUCUGGCACGGUACAUGGAUGUUGCCGUCUGGGAAAUUUCAUGUUGUCAUUUUUGCAUAGCAACUGCAGGCUCAGACACCUUCCUCAGGAUAUUCAAGUACACUGCAGGCUCUUUCUCCCUCGAAAUAAUUAAAAGCAUAGCCGCAGGGGAACAUUGUUUGCUACGAUGCCUCAGGACUACUCUGAACGGAGGAGGCUCCCUUCUCCUGACUGCAGGAAAUGAUGGAGUCCUGCGGUUCUUCGCCUUGUCUAGCACCCUGGAAUGCCAUUUCCUGGAUUCGUUGAAAAUACACCAGUCUGGCAUCAACGCUUUGGAUGCACUGGCGUCCAAACAAGGUGAUGAGUUGCUAGUUCUCUCUGGAGGUGACGAUACCAGAUUGGCCAUUACAUCCAUUGCUGUGAGGAAAGAUAAAGUUACCAAAUUUCGGGAGUAUGUUAUCGAGUCGGCUCAUUGCGCUCAAAUUACAGGUGUUAAAAUCAUGAAUCCCCACUGGAUGCUGUCAACGGGAGUCGACCAAAGGCUACAUCUCUGGACAGUCGAGGACGAAGCUUUGAAAUUGAGCUGCAGCAGACUAUCAUGCAUUCCGGACAUUUCGUGCUGUGCAUUUUGGAGGACUGACACUUGCCCGUUGUCUUUGGUGUGUGGUGAGGGACUAGAGCUUUGUUCAAUGCCAAAUCGGUGCAUCGUGGAAGGCUAGCUCUGUGGUACAGUAUUACGCACGAUGAAGAGGCUGGCACACGAGUGUCUUUCCUGCCCCAGAAGCCUAGCCUGGCCCAAUAGGGACCCUGCCAGGCCGUACCGGGCCGGCGUAAUCGAGUGCCAGGCGUCGCAGUAGUUCUCCAUAUCCCUGGUGCCUAAUGGAUCUGCACCGUGCCAGACCCGUUUGAAUGGCCUACGAAAAUGAUGUCCUGUAUGAGAAACUUAGGGAGCAAUGUUCAGAUGCACAUGUAUGAGAAAACAGGCUUUCAUGAGGAAUACAUUGAUAUUGCUUGA